AUGAAAUCUUGGCUCCUUAAUUCUCUCUCUUCUUCACCUUCACCAAUCUCUCCUCGAAUUCUUUUUUCUCUCAUUCCUCACAAUAGUAUAUCAUCUUCCUCUACCAUCCCAGAAAUUAUAUAUGUGCCCUGUCCCAAUCCUUCUGGUAUUGACACCAAGCGAACCUCAGAGUCCGAAAAUUCUAGCAAGAUCAAAACUUUUCAAAUUCCUAUUUCAGAAAACCCAGUUUUAACCCAAACCCAUGUCAUUGAAACUCUUUUAUCUCAUAGGAAUGACCCAUUUUCAGCUUUGGAGUACUUCAAAUGGGUAGAGAAACAGAGGGGUUUUGCACGUGGAAGUGUGGGUCCUUUCUGUCUCUUGCUGCACAUUCUGGUAAGUUCUGGGAACCAUAACGGUGUAGUUAGGAAUUUGCUUAACAAUUAUGCGUCUAGUGAUUCAGUUCCCUCGGCUGUUGUUCUGGUCGAUCACUUUAUUGAUUGUGCUGAAAGAUUUGGUUUUCAGUUAGAUGCGGGGUUUUUUAAUUACUUGUUGAAUGGAUAUGUUAGAGCACGGAGAUGUGCAGAUGCUGUUGAUUGUUUUAAAGCAAUGGUUUCUUGUGGUAUAGCACCAUGGGCGUUGGUAAUGAAUAUUUUUUUGAGUACUUUGGUUAAAGGAGAUAUGAAUGAUGAGGCUUUUAAUUUGUUUAAUGAUGUGAUUUUAAAUAAAUUAAGUUAUGAUUGUGCAACUGUAAAUGUGAUGAUGGGUGCGUGUUUAAGGGAGGGUAAAGUGGAGGAGGCUGAGAAGCUUUUUGUGGAGGCCAAGGGUAGUGGAAUGAAGCUUGAUGUGGCUAUUUAUACUACUGCUGUUCGAGUUGCUUGUAUGAAACUGGAUGCAAUUGUUGCAUGUGAUUUGUUGAGUGAGAUGAAGAAGAUGGAUUGGGUUCCUUCUGAGGGUACAUUUACAAAUGUGAUUACUACUUGUGUGAAGCAGAGGAAUUUAACUGAGGCAUUAAGGCUUAAGGAUGAGAUGAUAACUAGUGGAUAUUUGAUCAAUUUGGUUGUUGCUACAAGCUUGAUGAAAGGGUACUGUCAGCUGGGAGAUUUAAACAGUGCUUUAGAAUUGUUCGAUAAGAUUAUUGAAGAUGGAUUGACUCCCAACAAGGUCACUUAUGCAGUCCUUAUUGAAGGAUGCUGUAGGAAUAGAAACAUGGAGAAGGCGCAGCAUUUAUUUACUCAAAUGAAAUAUGCAGAUAUCCAACCAAGUGUAUAUGUUGUAAAUUCUUUGAUUAAUGGGUUUCUGGAAGCUCAACAGGUGGAGGAGGCAACCAAGCAGUUUGAUGAGGCUGUUGAGGUUGGUAUUGCCAAUGUGUUUACUUACAAUAAUAUGAUAUCCUGGUUUUGUAAAUUGGCUAGAGUGGAUGAAGCUUGCAAUAUAUGGGAUAAGAUGAUUGACCGAGGUGUUCAACCGACCACGGUUUCAUAUAACAAUAUGAUUCUUGGAAACUGCAAGAAAGGGAACAUGGAUAUAGCAUUAGAUUUACUAUCCAAGAUGCUAGAAAAGAACUUGAAGGCUAAUGUCGUCACAUAUAGUAUAUUGAUAGAUGGAUAUUUCAAGAAAGGUGAUUGUGAACAAGCACUUGGAAUGUUUGAUCACAUGAUAAGCUUAGGGAUUGCCCCAACUGACUUCACAUUCAACACCAUUAUCAAUGGCUUAUGCAAAGUUGGUCGAACUUCUGACGCAAAAGAUAAGCUGAAAAAUUUGAUGGUGAUGGGAUUCAGUCCCAUUUGCAUGACUUAUAAUAGCAUUAUUGAUGGUUUUGUAAAGGAAGGUGAUAUUAAUUCUGCAAUGGCUGUUUACAGAGAGAUGUGUGAAAGUGGACUGUCCCCCAAUGUAAUCACUUACACCACUUUAAUUGAUGGGUUUUGCAAAAGCAACAACGUUGAUCUUGCCUUGAAGAUGCAAAAUGAGAUGCGAGUCAAAGGUAUUCAAUUGGAUGUAACUGCAUAUAGCACCCUUAUUAAUGCAUUCUGCAAAAGAAGUGACAUGAAAACUGCCCAUAAACUUUUUUAUGAAAUCUUGGAAGUUGGUCUAUCUCCCAACAGUAUCAUUUAUAACACCAUGAUUAGCGGAUUCAGAAACCUGAAUAAUAUGGAAGCAGCACUUGAGUUAUAUAAAAAAAUGAGGAAAGAACGAAUUCCAAGUGAUUUGGCAACGUAA